ACAUACAACCUGGGGAAGUCUUCAAUGUUUCCACCUCUCUAUCGACUGGCGGCUCAAAGUACCACUGUCCCUGAAGCCGUCGUGCUAACGAAAGAGCGUAGGCGCCGUGGUAAAUUUAUUUAAUUGUCCAUGCUUUGGCAUGCAGUUAUGUUCAAUUCUUGAUCUUCGGAUCUUGAUUUGGCUUGAGCUCCAUAUUAUCAUGACGGUAUCAUAGAAGACGACGACACAGAGUCCUUUGUAUUCCCCAUACCGUAAACAUGGGGCUUACUUCAGUUUUCGCCAAAUUAGUGGAGUAGGCUAUCUUUGGUCACCUCCUGCGAUUCGCAGAUGAGCACAAUUGGUUCUCCCCCGUUAGAAUUGGUCUCUGCCCGCGUUGGUCGAUCUGGAUGGCUCACGUGUCCAUCGACAUUCUCCUUUCUAAAGCACGGCUGCUCUCCGAACAUUUCGCACUCAUAACCCUGGACGUGUCGAAAGCCUUCGACUCAGUUGAAUCUGCCCUUCUCCCCCGUUCUCUGGCUUUUCUGCCCGUUCCCCCCUAUAUCUUCUCCUGACUGUCAUCCUUCCUAACUCACCGGUUUUUUUUUUCUGCAGUGACGGUAAAUCCACAUCUGGGGCAUCAGCAGAACCGAGGUGUCCCCCAGGGCUGCAUUUUGCCCUCACUCUCAUUCCACUGCACCCUGAUGUUUUGGUAAUUGUACAUGCUGACGACAUCAUCUUUUUGGCCUCUUCCCCAUCUGACCUCGCGCUACCAACUACAGUCGCUUCUUCAGCACUCUCUUUGUCCACUUAUUCUUGGCUACGAUCGCUUCAUCUUUCGUCAACAAUGCCAAAUGUACCGUCCCGUUUUUCAGCCCUUCUUACAUCUGUUUUGACCUUGUGAUUGGCAACUCUGUUCUGCCCCGCGUCUUUAAACUCAGGUAUCUACGCUUAUGGUAUGACGGAUCCCGCUCUAUGUCAGCCCAUGUCGACCACCUCACUACCCGGGCCUCCCGCGCCUUAGGCUUCAUUGCUUCAUUCAGCAGCAGGCGGUCAGGUCUUCGCCGACCUGCUCUCCUGCAGUAUGUGAGUCCCAUACUUGAAUUCGGCUGCAUUCUCUUUUCCGGCCGCUCGCAGUCCCACUUUUGCCGUCUCCUGCUACUUGAGCACAAGGCUCUCUGCCUUUGUUUGGGGACUUUUUGCACCCCCAUUCCUGUCUUGUACGUGAAAGUCGUAUUAUCCCUCUUUCGAGCAGAUUCCAACUUUUAACCGUGCGCUCUUUCCUCUCUUGUCUCUAUAGUCCCCAGCUUAUUCGUCUCGCUCUUUCAAAAUUUUCUGCAUCGCGACUUUUUGCAACCUGCCUUGGAAUUCCCGCAUGCAUCCUCAGCUUUGGUUUACCGAGCAUCUCUUCCUUCAGUUUGCAUCCCUCGUACAUCUUGUUCACCCGCACUGGCAUCGGGAUCAUCUUCCCGCGCUUGAACGUCUGCGAAAGCAUUCGCACCCCUAAUUAUAUUCCGGUUUACUUUGUGGACCUGGCUAUUCUUUUUGCUCUUCGGGCUGCUUCCCCAAACCACGCACGAGUCUAUAUCUUUUCCGACUGCCUGUCAUUAAUCACGAGUGCUUGGAGUCAAACGUUGCCUCCCUUGAGUUCCGGUUCCUUUCCUAUUUCCGUCCCCGUUCCAUUCUCCAUAAUGAGACACUCCCCAUAAUGAGGCUGCAGACGACCUUGCAAGGGCGUCUCUCUCCUCUACCUAGCUCGCUGUCUUUCCUUAUCUCCCCAAAAUUCUUUAUCUCGUGUAUAAGAACUUUGAUUUCCUCCUCAGGUCUUCUUCGGCUGGUGAGCUUCUUUCUCGUCCUCAGAGGUCUCACCUAUAGCCUUGCCCUGGCCCUACCUGCUGUGCAGCUUGCACCGGAUGGAGUCCCUCCUAAUGUUCUUCCGUUGCGGCGUCCCUCCCCUAAACUUUCUUUUCCGAAUCUUCGUACUCCUCCCCGUUUGUCUGCGUUGUGUGCAUCCUCUCGACGAUUGACCACUUCUUCCUCUCGUGUCAUCGUUACGUAUCCCCCACGGAACGAACACCUUCAUCACCAUUCCUUUUCGUGCUCAUAGCAUCCCCAUCAGUUCUGUCUUUAUUCUGUCUUUCUGUCACACCUCCAUAGCCGCUUUCCUCCCUCCAUUCUUUACUGCAUCAUUUCGUUUUCUCUUCAUCUCAAUGUUUCUCACCUACGCGAACCUACUCAUCUCCGUGGUCAAUUCCCAUUGGGCUAUGCGCCACUCUUAAAGAAGAAGAAGAACAAGAAUCUCUGCCAAUCUCCCUUUGUGGGUCACUGCCGCACUGUGAAGAGGAAGAAGGAACAAUGUCGAACCUUGCCGCGACGCUGCCUUUUCUCCCGUUCCUGUUGGUGCAACUGGAAAGCUGGAGCGGCGAGAUUAGCGUGUUAGAUGCCCGAGCAGACAGCCACUACCACGAGGGCUACGCCUUUACCCUAUGGAAGCUGCCGUCGGCCGUGGAAUGUAGAGACCCCAGGCGGCAGGUAGUCGCUCUCCGUGAGACCACUUCGCCCUUUUGGCCCAUGCCACUACGGUUCAAGCAGCUCAGAAGCGGGUUCUACUGCUUCACAGCCAUCAAACGAAACUGCUACCGCGAAUGCCACAAUGUCACCUCCUCGGUCACCCAACUUCAGGGCACCAACCCUCCUCCACGUUGCUGCGACGCUCGCGACGUCCACUUCACAUGGACUUCGAGCGACAGCGUCUUAGACGUGACAGUCACCACCUCACGAGAGAGCGUCGCCUGUCGCCUGUUCCUGGUCACCAUUUGGCCGGUGCCUUUGUGGUCUGACGUCUGUUACGAUCAGCUCAACAAACGUCGCCAUAUCACGCAUCAGGCCGCAGCAAACUCGACCACAAGCUUCUUUAAGCUGAACAAGAACGAAGCUUUCUGUGUCACUAUCAUACCUGGAUGUUUUGACUGUCAUCUACAAUGUCCCAUGCUUGCCUCCGAGAAGGUGACCAUCGGAGCGGAGUUCAACUACAUAGCUCCUGCUGAAGGUGAACGUGUCGCUGAAAACGAUACAUUGGAACCCAUUAUUCGAUUCGUUUUUAUUGGAAGCAUCUUAUUGUUGGCUAUGUGGACGGUAGUCAUUGUAAGAAUCGUAACAACGAGGACAGUGUCAACAAGGGGCCAGUUUGAUGUGUAAUGUGUCGUCCACGUUCAUUGCCCAAUUCUUAUUUUUGCUGUUGCAUAUUUCGUAGUGUUUGUUCCAGGAUAUUCGCAGUCAUAAAAGAUACCUUUAAAUGUUGAAUGCACUUCACAAUGCUGUACCCGCGUGUCUGGAUCAGCGUCUGUAUCCCAAGGUGUUUUUAUCUGCAGCCAAUGGAUAUAAGUAUUCUCGCGUAUACUGCUCUCCCGACACAUGCAAGUGUGUGUUGGGGAGGUCGCCCUAGUUUCACUGCUGAGGCUGUGAGGGUGACUGGCGCUAACAGAACUACGCGUGGUCGUCAAGGGGAAGGGCAAAGGGAACUGUGGUGUAGUGGCGUCAGUGGUAUUAAUAUUGUACUGCACGCGCUUCAUCUUGUUAGCAUUUUCUCUCUCUCUUUCUGCUUGAGGAUUGUGAAGCUGUACGUCCUGUUCAUCUACACUGGCAACGAGGAUUGGAUGACAUUGUUGAGCGCGUCCUUGCUGUGGACUAUUGCAUCUUUGGGGUAUUGGGGCUUAUAAAGGUAUUUUGUAGCCUGUCAUCGGUAUUUCACGGAACAAGUCAGAUGCUACGUUGUUGGGGAUUUUGUCCGUUCGCCCAAUCUUCCGUUCAACGGGUAGCAUCUCACAAUGAGGAGUCACCUGUGAGGUCUUUAAAGGCGUCAAGCAGUAUGGCAUUUCAGUAGUGUAAUAAGUUAUAUAUCUAACGAGACUAUUUUCGUGAUCGUGACUCUCGACGCGUUCAGAAUAAUCGAAGGACAGCGGUGGUGGACAGAUAUAUGGGAGUCAUUUCCUAUCAGUGUAACUAGCUUUGUUGGCAGACGUCAAGGAGCAGGCCAGGAACGGCCUGCUGCUGCAUCACACAGUUGAAGUAUUUAGUUGUUUCGUUGUGUGUCUUGGUUCAAACGCAACGUAAGUAUACUGAAACAGAGCGAACCCAUAUUUUACCCGAAUAAGCGUGACGUUAAGCGGUCUGACGACCCCUUGACUACGACACGAGAUUCCCACGACUCCCCUUCGUUGACUGUAAGACGUACGUUA